CGGCGGAGCGCGGGCCGGAGCGCGGAGCGAGCGGGGAGCGCGCGGGCAGCGGGGCGCCAUGCCCACCAACUUCACGGUGGUGCCGGUGGACGCGAGGGCGGACGGCGGCCCGGACGAGGCGGCCGCGGCGGCCGAGGGGGCCGAGGGGGCCGAGGGGGCCGAGGGGAGCGAGACGCCGGGCCCCCCCGAGGGCGAGCCCGACUGCCAGAGCCCGGGAGAUGGAAACCCACGAGAGAACAGCCCGUUCAUUAGCCACACGGACGUGGACCAGGAGAGCUUCUUGGAGGGAAAGAACAUGGCGCUUUUUGAGGAGGAAAUGGACAGCAACCCCAUGGUGUCCUCGCUGCUCAACAAGCUGGCCAACUACACCAACCUGAGCCAGGGCGUCGUGGAGCACGAGGAGCACGAGGAGGACAGCAAGAGGCGCGAGGUCAAGAGCCCGCGCAUGGGCACCUGCAUCGGCGUCUACCUGCCGUGCCUGCAGAACAUCCUGGGGGUGAUCCUAUUCCUGCGACUCACGUGGAUCGUGGGUGCGGCCGGCGUGCUCGAGUCCUUCCUCAUCGUCUCCAUGUGCUGCAUCUGUACGAUGCUGACUGCCAUCUCCAUGAGUGCCAUCGCCACCAACGGCGUGGUCCCAGCCGGCGGCUCAUACUACAUGAUAUCGCGGUCUUUGGGGCCUGAGUUCGGGGGCGCCGUGGGCCUCUGCUUCUACCUGGGCACGACCUUCGCUGGGGCCAUGUAUAUUUUGGGGACCAUUGAGAUUUUUUUGACCUACAUCUCCCCCAGUGCGGCCAUCGUCCAGGCGGAGACCGCGGAAGGCGAGGCCGCAGCCAUGCUCCACAACAUGCGUGUGUACGGGACAUGCACGCUGGCGCUCAUGGCCAUGGUGGUCUUCGUGGGCGUCAAGUACGUCAAUAAGCUGGCCCUGGUGUUCCUGGCCUGCGUGGUGCUGUCCAUUCUCUCCAUCUACGCCGGCGUCAUCAAGUCCGCCUUCGACCCACCAGACGUCCCGGUGUGUCUGCUGGGGAACCGUACCUUGUCCAGACGCGGCUUCGACGUGUGUGCCAAGUUCCACGUUGCCAACAAUGGCACGGUGCCCACCGCGCUCUGGGGCCUCUUCUGCAACACCUCCAUGCCCAACGCCACCUGUGACGAGUACUUCGCCCAGAACAACCUCACGGAGAUCCAGGGCAUCCCUGGCGUGGCCAGUGGCGUCCUGCUGGAUAACCUGUGGAGCACGUACGCGGACAAGGGAGCGUUGGUGGAGAGGAGGGGCUCGCCGUCGGUGUCCGUGCUGGAGGAGAGCAGGACCAGCGGCCUGCCCUACGUCCUCACUGACAUCAUGACCUACUUCACCAUGCUGGUCGGCAUCUACUUCCCCUCCGUGACCGGUAUCAUGGCGGGCUCGAACCGGUCUGGGGACCUCAGGGACGCCCAGAAGUCGAUCCCCACAGGGACCAUCCUGGCCAUCGUGACGACGUCCUUCAUUUACCUGUCCUGCAUCGUGCUCUUCGGGGCCUGCAUCGAAGGCGUGGUCUUACGAGAUAAGUUUGGGGAGGCCCUGCAGGGGAAGCUGGUCAUUGGCAUGCUGGCCUGGCCGUCCCCCUGGGUCAUCGUCAUCGGCUCCUUCUUCUCGACCUGCGGGGCCGGCCUGCAGAGCCUCACAGGGGCACCACGCCUGCUGCAAGCGAUCGCCCGUGACGGCAUCAUCCCCUUCCUGCAGGUGUUUGGCCAUGGGAAGGCCAAUGGGGAGCCCACGUGGGCCCUGCUGCUCACGGCCCUCAUCUGCGAGACGGGCAUCCUGAUCGCCUCCCUGGACAGCGUGGCCCCCAUCCUGUCCAUGUUUUUCCUCAUGUGCUACAUGUUUGUGAACCUGGCCUGCGCCGUGCAGACCCUGCUGCGAACGCCUAACUGGCGCCCACGCUUCAGAUACUACCACUGGGCGCUGUCCUUCCUGGGCAUGAGCCUGUGCCUCGCGCUCAUGUUCAUCUGCUCUUGGUACUACGCUCUCAUCGCCAUGCUCAUCGCCGGCUGCAUCUACAAGUACAUCGAGUACCGCGGGGCCGAGAAGGAGUGGGGUGAUGGCAUCAGGGGACUGUCCCUAAAUGCAGCCCACUAUGCCCUGCUGCGUGUGGAGCACGGCCCCCCCCACACCAAGAACUGGAGGCCCCAGGUGCUGGUCAUGCUGAGCCUUGAUGAGGAGCAGCGCGUGAAGCACCCCCGCCUCCUGUCGCUCACCGCCCAGCUCAAGGCCGGCAAGGGCCUGACCAUCGUGGGCUCCGUGCUGGAGGGCACCUACCUGGACAAGCACACGGAGGCCCAGCGGGCCGAGGAGAACAUCCGCUCUCUGAUGGGCGUGGAGAAGACCAAGGGCUUCUGCCAGCUGGUGGUGUCCUCCAGCCUGAGGGACGGCAUGUCCCACUUGAUUCAGUCGGCCGGCCUGGGGGGCAUGAGGCACAACACGGUGCUCAUGGCCUGGCCCGAGUCCUGGAAGCAGGAGGACAACACCUUCUCCUGGAAGAACUUCGUGGAAACCGUCCGAGACACGACGGCGGCCCAGCAGGCCCUGCUCGUGGCCAAAAACGUGGACCUGUUUCCGCAAAACCAGGAGCGCUUCAGCGACGGGGACAUCGACGUGUGGUGGGUCGUGCACGACGGGGGCCUGCUCAUGCUGCUGCCCUUCCUGCUGCGGCAGCACAAGGUGUGGAGGAAGUGCCGCAUGCGCAUCUUCACGGUGGCCCAGGUGGACGACAACAGCAUCCAGAUGAAGAAGGACCUGCAGAUGUUCCUGUACCACCUGAGGAUCAGCGCGGAGGUGGAGGUGGUGGAGAUGGUUGAAAGCGACAUUUCGGCAUUCACGUACGAGAAGACGCUGUUGAUGGAGCAGCGGUCCCAGAUGCUGAAGCAGAUGCAGCUGUCCAAGACGGAGCAGGAGAGAGAGGCUCAGCUCAUCCACGACAGGAAUACCGCAUCCCAUGCCGUGGUGGUCACCAGAACCCAGGCCCCGUCCACCCCAGACAAGGUGCAGAUGACCUGGACCAAGGAGAAGCUGAUUGCGGAGAAGUACAAGAACAAGGAGCCGGGCGUUUCCGGGUUCAAGGACCUCUUCAGCCUGAAGCCGAACCAGUCCAAUGUCCGGAGAAUGCACACGGCCGUGAAGCUCAACGGGGUCGUCCUCAGCAGGUCCCGGGGUGCACAGCUGGUCCUGCUCAACAUGCCGGGGCCUCCCCGGAACCGUCAGGGGGACGAGAACUAUAUGGAGUUCCUCGAGGUCCUGACCGAGGGGCUUGACAGAGUCCUUCUGGUCCGGGGCAGUGGCCGGGAGGUGGUCACCAUCUACUCCUGACCCUCAGCCCACCCCACAGCACACUGGGCAGGCUGGGGAUCGCGCCACAUGUGGCUUCCUACAGAAGUUUCCAGAUUAGCCCCACAGCUCUGCUCCCUAGGCCAAGAGCCAGCACGCAGCUGCAGAGAUUUCCUCGUGUGGAGGGGAGGCGUGGAUGCCCUCAGCAUGCCGUGCGUCCCCGAGGGAGGCUCACGAUGACGCGGAACAGGACCAGUAACACUGGCCACACGCUCAGACUGUGGGUUCCAAAAGUGGUUUCUGUGGCCAGACCUACCUGGUUGCUAUGGUUACGGUUAAGUUCUGCCCCACCCAGGACGUUCACCAGAAAUCCCGCUCAGACUUACGGUCGUCUUGGGCCACGGGUCUGUUCAGGAAGGUGGCGGAGGGCCUCAGUCCCUCGGUCAGCCUCCUCAGUGCCUGUCCCUGUGAGUGCCCGUCUGUGUUCCUGUAAGUUACGGCCGAGGAGAGCUGUCCGUUCGGGCUCAGCUGGGUGGCCUUGGUCAGCAUGCCUGCCCGUUGCAGGAGCGUCUACAGGAGGACGCGGGUGGUCCUCACGCAUGGGCUGUUCUGGGAGUUCCGGGUACAGGAAGCUGCCUGAGGGACAGAGGCCCAGGCUGGGUUUGCAGCUGGGAUGUGUGAGCCACGUCCUGCACAGGCGAUCGUGCCCGGUUCUGCGCAGUCACCCCACGGCUCCCCGACCGGCAUACACACACUCGUCACCCUCCAUCGCCACGUACCAGGCUCCAGGGAGGGGCUGCGGGGCUGCGUGAGGUCCUGGGGGACUUGAACCGGAGCCUGUGUGCCUGUCUUCCCAUGCCUGUCCCCUCUGGCCAGCACACAGGAUGUGACAGCCAUGUGCAGGGCACUAGGGGCUGUUGGGAUGGUCCGAGGCUGUCGACAGUCGUGGUCAUUGUGCCCGGGCCUCACUGCGCAGUGUACUUACUCAUGAAAGCACCUCGGGGUUCUCCAGUGAUAAUUCGGGAUGUCUGUAAGGAGACUGGUUCUGUGAACAAGCCCGUGGCUGCGUCCUGGGCUCUUCCUGGCUUCCUUGGACCCCCAGGGAAGUCGGCCAGGUCCCUAGAUUUCAGGUUGGGUGGAGGCUAAGUGUGUGUGUCCAGAUGCUUCUGAGGCGCCGUUGUGUGGCACGGAGGGUCCUCGUUGCGUCAGAGUGACCAUGGCCAGAGCGUGUGCCAAACCAACACACCGGGCUCGGGGAGUCCAUACUCGCCCGCCGUAGGUCUGUACCGGGGUCAGUGGCGAAACCCAUCUCUCUGGCCCUUGGUCCCGCUCGUGUCGGGGAUGGAGGCACGGCCCUGGGACCCCUGGGACCCCUACCCUGUACCCAUGACCUAGACCUUGUGCGGCUGUGGGGGUGGGGACUCGGCUGCAUGCACCCCUGUCCACACUGAGCCUCGAGGAAGCCUGUGAGCCUCUGGUCAGGGCCCAUGGGGUUCUGUAGCUGCCUUGGCUUUGUAUGGUUUUGUUAUUAGAAGAAUAAAUGUACAAAACCUGGA